CUUCAUGCGAUAUCUGCGGAAAAGCUCACCAAGGAGGAAAACGAAUCAAUGAAGCAAAAGUGCGUGCUUGCCAAGUCACCAGAAGGUUCAUCAGACGAAUCACUCGUGAUGAUUCGACAAGCAGUCGAAGUUUCUGAAUAUCCGUUCGUUGCUGCGUUGUCCCAACGCACUGUAUAUCAUGGAUACACGGAUAUCAAGACAGGCAAGACACUUGAAACGCACACAAGACCAUUUUGCAGCGGUGUUUUGAUUUCACCUCGUCAUAUUUUGACGGCUGCACAUUGCUUAUACAAAAGGUCCAAAACAUUCUGCGCUCACGGGCUGCACCCACCAAUACGUCCAGCGGAAAGAAUUGGUGUUUUCCUUGAGAGCAGCUGCACCACCAGAAGGUGUUGGAAAUCCGAGAAAAUAUAUGAAAUUUCAUCUGUAGUACCGCAUCCGAACUAUACUUGCUCCAACACGGACUAUGAUAUUGGCACGAUAGAGCUGAAUAAGAGUGUGAAUAUUGCUCCUGUUUGCAUGCCUGAAGCGGAUUCUGUGAUUUCUAGCCCAGAAAAGAUAGAAUCUAUUGGAUACGGAGACGUAGGAGGUCAGCGCUUACAAUCGGUAAGGUACCAAUUUGUGCAGCAGUAUAAGAAGACUAUUUUUGUCUACAACAAGACUUCGAAUGUUAUAGCUGAUAUCGUUGGAGGAGACAGCGGAGGUCCGCUCAUUCAGAACUUAGAAGAGAAACACUUCCUUCUUGGAAUAGCAUCCUACAAUGCCACUGCAAAGGAGUUUUCUUCAUUCUUUGGAAACGGAAAAGUAGCUUCAGUUGGAGUUGGAGGCAUGUUCAGCGAUGUGCGAAAACACCUGGACUGGAUUUGCGAUGAAACUGGAGUUUGUCCACUUUCUGGAGCUACCAGUCAUCAAUCGGAGUGGACACCUUCACCACCGCCGUCUACUGUCUCAGCAGUAUUCUCAGUGGUACCCAAUGACGACAACAAAAAAGAUGUUGAGAGUUAG